CAGUUCAGUACACACAUUACCUGCUUCGCACAUACACUCAACCUUGCCUCGCAGAAGGGUUUGGGGGUGGACCGUGCUUCCAGGUUGUUGGGGAAAGUGCGAAAAAUUGUUGGAUAUUUUCACCGCAGCCCGAUUGCAUGUCACGCCCUACAGGGAAAAACAAACUCUGAUGGAUUUACCAAAACAUAAACUGAUCCAAGACAUAAUCACCAGAUGGAACAGUUCAUUCGAAAUGCUUGAACGUUUUUUGGAACAACAGCCAGCUAUAAUGGCAACUCUGAUGUCCAAGGAUCUACGAAAGGGGGUCACAGAUGUAGGCACGCUGAGUGAGAGUGAUAUUGCCAACAUGGAUGACAUUGUUCAGUUGAUGGGUCCUGUCAAAAUGGCAACCACUGUGAUGUGUGAAGAAGACCAGCCAACUCUCUCUGUAAUUGCUCCUCUUCAAGCAAAACUGCUGAAACACCUACAGCCAUGCGAAGACGACUCAACCCUGGUUGCAGAGAUUAAGAGGGUGAUGGCCAGUGACCUCUCCACACGCUACAGAGGCACCCAAGAUGCUCUCAACAUAGCAUCAGCUGGAAGCUCAAGCACAAAGCUGUCAGGAUUCAAUGAAGAGACCACAGCUCCAAAUGAGUCACCUCCUUGUAAGAAGAAAGCCUUAGAUGCGCUGUUUGGCGAUUCCUUCACCCAAAGAGAAAGAAAAUCCACAAGCGAGACAGCCAGAGCAGAGGUGUUAAAGUACCGAGCAAAAGAUGCGUUGCCUUUGACUGAAAAUGCCAUGAAGUGGUGGAGAUCUCAGGAGAAAGAGCUACCUGUACUUUCCACCCUUGCUAAACGGUACCUGUGCAUUCCAGGCACCAGUGUGCCAGCAGAACGAGUUUUUAGUACUGCUGGCGACAUAGUGAACGCACAGAGAAGUGUUCUGCAGCCAGAUCAUGUUGAUCAGUUGAUAUUUUUGAAAAAAAAUCUGUAGUCAUUGAAGAGUAGCCUAGUAGGUUACACUUGAUAUUUUGUUGAAUAUUGUUUGUUUAUUAAAAUAAGAGUAGUA